UUGGGGGGCUUGUUUCAUACCCGAACUUUCUUGGAGGUGAGCUGGUCUCAAUAUCCUCCGACGAGCAACCAGAUAGUUUCGUUGCGGAAAGGAUUACUAUUGAAGGAGACUUACAUUUCGUUCACAGAAAUACUUUCAAGAUGCGAGGUACGUCCUUCGUCUUCACCGCUGUGGUCGUCAAUGCUUUCAUGGUGCUGGUCACCGCGACGAACCCUGUGGUCCACAUGGAAAAAAAGAAUGACCUUGAUGAUCUUCUGGAGGACGACUACCUCGUCCCUGUCAAGAAGAAUACGUCUAGAACUGCCCGUCAAAGAGAGACGAACUUCUGGAUGGGUGUGACAGAUGCGCCUUCCCCGUCGCUAACGACUCACAACACCCACGACACACAAGUGUUAGUUGAAGUCGACGACUUCCUACUGGAAACCGAAACUGAGGUUCUAUCUCGUGACAAGCGCCAAGCAGGAUCUGGCGACUCGGGUUCAGUUGAAGCUACCAUUACAAUCGAUGAAGAGUUUACUGCUGCUAGCGCCAACCAAGCCAGUCGAACAGCUGCCGUACAGAGCCAGCUGCAGACCGAGUUUACAAAUAAUGACCUCAGCGUGGAUUCCACCACAGUCAACACUAUAUCAGAAGCCAGUGGUCUGACCGUGUACCGCUUCUCAGUCACGUUCAGUGGAGCAACUGACAGAACUGGCCUGGCCUACGUCUUGAUGUUGCUGCGACGUCUUGGACUGUUUAGCGGCUUCAACAUCGUUGAGAACCCUACAGUCCAGAACUCUGCUAACGUUGAAACAAAUGCUAUAUGCUUACUGUGCCCUGCUGAUCGCCCUUGCAACAAUGGAGAAUGUGGAGCUCCGUCAACUGACUCUUCUAGUGGACUUUUCCCAUUCGGGUUUUCGAUGGUUGAUAACAGACUACGGCACACAAGAUGGGAUGUAUUCAGUGGAGAAUUGUCCAUAGAGGAUGGCUUCCCAUUCUUCGACGGUACUGAAGAGACGUUUUAUGUUGGAGACAAUGGUGGGGUGAGCUUUGGUCAGCAGUACAAUCCCUACAUCCUAAGCAGUAUGGGACAAGCAGAGGUCAAGUAUGUGUGCAUUUACUGUGAUGACUUCGACAUCAGAUUCGGUGGAGACGUCUUCUACCACAUUUACUUUGCUGGCGGGGAGGGUGCUGAUGAAGUGUUGGACAGAGCCUCAGCGGAAGUCAGAGCCAGAACAUCAAGUAGCAGUUUCAGGGCCUCAUGGGCGUCCGUGAUCACGUGGUACAACGUUCCCGAAUUCACAGCUUAUAGCGCCACAGCCUCAAUUUCGAACCGCAACACCUUUCAGAUGGUGAUGUUCACAGACGGUCAGGAAUCCUACAUCAUGUAUUUCUACAGCGACAUUCAAGCCUCCGAGGAAUUCCGUCAGCUGGCCGUCCAUGGGUAUAAAGGCGCUGACCAAUUCAGCGACCUUCAAUACUCUAGGAAAGAACCUGCAGCCAUUGGUGCCGAUGAAGUGGCGCAAUUUGUGAAACCAGUCAUGAGCGAAGUUGUUGGCAACUCUCUAGAACAAACGGGAGUUUGGCUGUUUAAAGUCGGGGAAAUAGUGAACGUGAGCCCAGCACGUCUCUGUGUUCAAUGGUACCGGGACAAUCUUCCGUCUAGAUCAUUGUUCAGAGCGCGGAGUCGAGCCCUGGGUGUCCAGAAUUGCCCAUGUCGACGUAACCUUGUAAGGUUUUCGGCGCGAUUCCUGCCAGCUCCACCGUACCUUGGCGAGGACGUGUACUGUGUGGAAAUGCAGGCGUCUUCUGGGUUCGACACUUUUGAAUGUUGCUACAACAGAAGAGGAAAUUUCAUCAACAACCUCCCUGAUGCAGGAACCUACAACCGCUUCAGCAAGAGCCUUGCCCCAUUCCUGCAUCAGGCCGAAGAUGCGAACCCCAAGGACUGGUGCUGUAGACAGUCAAAUCUGUGUUAUCUGUAUGAACGUGUCCGACCAAAGUCGAGGUGUUACUUCAACGUUUGGCGAGCUAUCCUCCGUUUUAUUUUCGGGGAUCCCCACUUUAUGACACUGGACGGCAAGGUGUUUACCUACAACGGACUAGGAGAGUACAAGCUAGUUGAAAUUGAACCAGCAGAUAAAAGCUUCACUUUCAAACUACAGUGCAGAACUGCACAGGCUGUUUCAAGCACAGGACAGAAGGUCGGGGCCAGUUUGUUCGUUGCCUUCGCCGCGGAGCAGAAAAGUGACACUUUAGGAACAGGGAAGAUUCACGUUGGCCUCAACAAAGACAAGACAAAAAUGGAGAUCUAUAUCGAUGGAAUAGAUGUGAGCAGACAGUACUACGAAGAGGCCAACUUCAAGAGAUCAUCACCACACCUUAUCGCUUCAAAAUUAAACGACACCAAGGCUGAAUUUUCGUUCCCUAACAUAGAGAUCGUCGUGACCAUCACUAUCAUAUCAGGGACGCUGUCACAGGCGACAGUUCUGCAGGAAAGGUACAGAGGCAUACCCAAGGGUCUCCUUGGCAAUUACAAUGGUAAUGAUACGGAUGACUUUAAGUCCCCUGAUGGAACAAUGUAUUCAGCUACGUCAACAGAUGAUGAACUCUACCCAUUCGGCCAGUCAUGGGCCAUAACUACUCUGGACGAAUCUGUUCUUUUUUACAAGCCAGGACAGACAAUAGAUACCUUUACAGAUAGCACAUAUACUCCAUUGUUUGACAAGAACAUAACGAAUGCUGAUCGAGAAGCUGGGAGCGCUAAAUGUGGAGGCGACGACAAAAAACAGUGUAUUUUUGACUACGCAGUCACCAAGAACGAAGCUCUCGCAAAUGCUGCAACAGCUCAACUUGAAGAGGCUAGGAGUGCUACUGAAAAUCUAGCAAACCGAAAUCCUACAAUUUCUGGAACAACUCAGGUCGAUGUUGAACUUGGCAAAAGCGUAAAUUUAAAAUUCAACGCCUCCGACGAGGAUAGUGACGCUAUUACCUACAUUUCCGUCAACGAAGCGACUGGUUUCAAGUUGAACGUAGACACCGGUAAUGCCACGUUUACCCCGACUGGAAGUGACCCAGUUUCUAUCAGCGUUGCUGCCCAGGACACGAAGAGCGCCCAAUCUCCUGCAAUUGAUGUUCAGGUGCGCUUGUGUAAAGGCUGCGGUGCUAAUGGCCAGUGCGACUACGCAACCCCUGAAACACGUCCAACAUCUCAGAACGCUACCCUUUUCCAAGUGGCAUCGUGUAAAUGCAACACCGGUUAUUCUGGUGCUAACUGCAGUGAUGACAAGAACGGUUGCAUUACCCCUAACCCAUGUGGCCUGUUACGCACAUGCACUGAUGUCAACGCCACAGAAGAAGUGAGAACUGGUCAAGCUUUCAUAUGCUCUGAGUGUCCAAAAGGAUACAGCGCACAGGACCCUUCCCAGAAUGCAGAAUGUAAAAAUAUCAACGAAUGCCAGACUAACAACGGAAACUGCACAGCUAACUCCAAAUGCGUCGAUUCCAUUGGUUCUUUUACGUGCAUGUGUGAAAAGGGCUUCAGAAAAGACAGCAACAGUCUGUGUAUCGAUAUUGAUGAGUGUGACGAAAGCAGUCACGACUGUCAACAAACCUGCAACAACACCGCUGGCGGCUGGACCUGCGGCUGUUACACCGGCUACACCCUCAAUGCUGAUAAUAAAACGUGUGGUGGAUCGCCACUUGCAUGUGCGUCCCUUGGGUGUGAACAUUUCUGUGAUAACGGCACCUGUAAGUGUAGAGCAGGCUACUCCUUGCACUCAAAUGGAACAUCCUGCAUAGAUAUCAAUGAGUGCAACAACAAUCUGUGCUCCCAAAACUGUAACAACACCGAUGGCAGCUAUGUUUGCUCAUGUAAUUCCGGCUUCAAACUGUCAACAGACAAGCAGUCCUGCCUGAAAUGUGGUUUUCCGAAGUAUGGUGUAGAAUGUCAGUCAACGUGCGAAUGUCAAGGUCGGGCUACGGCCUGCGAUCCAGCCAGGGGCUGUUUGUGUCAAUCAGGAUGGAGAGGACCAACAUGUGGAAUAGACGUCAACGAAUGCCAAGAAAACCCCACCAUCUGUGGCAACUCUCAGACGUGCACCAACACUAACGGAUCUUAUGUAUGCGUCUGUAGUUCAGGCUUCACCAAGAAUGGAACCAGCUGCAUAGACAUAAACGAGUGCCUGUCUUCCACCAACGCCAAUCCUUGCCCUGCCAAUUCCCUGUGUGUCAAUGCCGCUGGUUCUUUCGCGUGUAACUGUAAACCUGGCUACCAGAAGGUCGGCAGUAAUUGCACGGACAUCAACGAGUGUAGUGGCUCACAGGCCAUAUGUGAGCAAUCCUGUUUGAACGUCGAGGGCAGCUACAACUGCUUUUGCAAAGCCGGUUACAUCCUCAACGACGACAGAAGGACGUGUACUAGGGACCCAGAGCAGGCUGACCCUUGCGCGGGACUGACCAGCCUGAACUGCAGCCACUACUGUGAGGCGGUCAAUGGCACCGCUAUGUGUAAAUGUAACCGCGGCUUUACCCUGGGAACAGACCAAAUGACGUGUAUUGACUAUAACGAAUGCGAGAAUGCGACAUUGAACCAGUGCACAGACCCGAGCACCUGCACCAACACAGACAGUUCGUACCAAUGUACCUGUGGAUCUGGAACACAGUUGGGCAACGAUGAGAGGACAUGCAUUCCCUGCGAUGACAACCACUGGGGGCUUAAUUGUACAAAUGAGUGCGGAUGUGCACCGAUAGGUACUGAGGUGUGUAACAAGACCACGGGCUGCAGCUGCAAGAACGGCUGGACGGGGGACACAUGUCAGAGCGACAUCAAUGAAUGCCCCAAGAUAACAUGCCAGCCCAACUCGGACUGUCAAAACACGCCUGGGUCGUAUCGCUGCAACUGCCGUACAGGCUAUAAAGCAAAUGGAAACGUCUGUGACGAGGUCAACGAGUGUUUGAACAGCGCAGAUAACGAGUGUGACCAAAACUGCGUCAACACUGUGGGCAGCUAUACGUGUUCAUGCAGAUCAGGCUUUGUCCUCAGGGGAAGGGAACCUGUGACGGUGUAUGUAGACGAAUGUACCACCGGAACCAGUGGGUGCCCUCAGAAGUGUAGAAACACUCUUGGUGGAUUUGCAUGUGAAUGCUACGAAGGGUAUGAGCUUACCGCAGACAGGUUAAACUGCACCCAGACACCCGGUGCUCCAACCUGCAACAGAACGGACUGCUCGGCCGAUGGUGGUUGUCGUGUACAAGGAGGAGUCGAUAUAUGUUUCUGCAACACCGGGUACCAACUGAACGCCGACAACAAAACCUGUGAUGACAUUGACGAGUGUGCAGUGAAUACAACUUGUUCGCAGAACUGUACAAACACACCUGCUGGGACUUACACCUGUUCCUGCUCUGACGGCUUCCAGUUGGCUUCUGACAGGAGAACUUGUGAAGUAUGCUCAGAAGGAACGUUUGGCGCCAACUGUGCUCAAAACUGCAGCUGUGACGCCGCCAACACCAUCAACUGCAACUCAACCGACGGCAGCUGUACAUGUAGGAGUGGGUGGAAGGGAGCAACGUGCACGGAGGACAAACCAGAAUGUACGGACACCCCCAGCAUCUGCGGCACCAACGGCGUGUGCAACGAGCGGAACGGAUCCUACGCCUGUACGUGCGAACUAGGAUAUAUCAGAGCCGGUGAUGCAUGCACAGGAUGCACUUCGACCAAAUAUGGAGACAACUGUGACAGCACGUGUAGCUGUGUGUUCGCCAACACAGCGGCCUGUAACUCGGUCAAUGGAUCAUGCGCGUGCAACUCGGGCUGGAACGGCACCAACUGUGAGAACAACGUCAACGAGUGUUCAAUCUCACCAUCUGUCUGUAAAGGCCCAAAUGAGGUGUGUCGAGACACCGACGGCAGCUUUGUGUGCGACUGUGAAGUAGGCUACAAGAAGCAAACCGGCACUGAUCAGUGUGCUGCAUGCCCAAAUCCGACCUAUGGCGCCAACUGCGAAAACACAUGCUCGUGCAUAUCCGCCAACACAGCGUCUUGCAACCCAGUCAAUGGAUCCUGCACGUGCACUUCUGCCUGGACCGGCACCAACUGUGAGACCAACGUCAACGAGUGCACAACAACUCCAUCUCUCUGUAACGGGACUGAAGAAGUGUGUCGAGACACCAACGGCAGCUAUGUCUGUGACUGUAACCCCGGGUUCUUGAAACCAACCAGUGGUGCCGCUUGCACUGCGUGCAAUUCGACAAGCUAUGGUACAAACUGUGAAAACAAUUGCACGUGCAUAUCCGGCAACUCAGUGUCUUGCAACCCGGUCAAUGGAUCCUGCACGUGCACAUCUGCCUGGACAGGCACCAACUGUGAGACCAACGUCAACGAGUGUUCCCUAAACGCAUCCCUCUGUAACGGGACUGAAGAAGUGUGUCGAGACACCAACGGCAGCUAUGUGUGCGACUGUAACCCAGGGUUCGUGAAACCAACCAGUGGUGCUGCUUGCGCAGCGUGCAAUUCGACAAGCUAUGGUACAAACUGUGAAAAUAAUUGCACGUGCAUAUCUGGCAACUCAGCGUCUUGCAACCCGGUCAAUGGAUCCUGCACGUGCACGUCUGCCUGGACAGGCACCAACUGUGAGACCAACGUCAACGAGUGUUCCCUAAACGCAUCCCUCUGUAACGGGACUGAAGAAGUGUGUCGAGACACCAACGGCAGCUAUGUGUGUGACUGUAACCCUGGGUUCGUGAGGCCAACCAGUGGUGCUGCUUGUGCCGCGUGCAAUUCGACAAGCUAUGGUACAAACUGCGAAAACAAUUGCACGUGCAUAUCCGGCAACUCAGUGUCUUGCAACCCGGUUAAUGGAUCCUGCACGUGUACAUCUGCCUGGACAGGCACCAACUGUGAGACCAACGUCAACGAGUGUUCCCUAAACGCAUCUCUCUGUUCUGGGACUGAAGAAGUGUGUCGAGACACCAACGGCAGCUAUGUGUGCGACUGUAACCCAGGGUUCGGGAGGCCAACCAGUGGUGCUGCUUGCGCAGCAUGCAAUUCAACAAGCUAUGGUACAAACUGCGAAAACAGUUGCACGUGCAUAUCCGGCAACUCAGCGUCUUGCAACCCGGUCAAUGGAUCCUGCACGUGCACUUCUGCCUGGACCGGCACCAACUGUGAGACCAACGUCAAUGAGUGUUUAGCCACACCAUCUGUCUGCACCGGGACUCAAGAAGUGUGUCGAGACGUGGUCGGCAGCUACAGGUGUGAUUGCAACACAGGGUUCGGAAGGGCAUCAGCUAGCUCUCCGUGUGUUUCCUCUCAAGGGUUCAGCACAGUUAUCGUACUGAAUAUAGACUACUCCUCUAUAAUUAACAACCAAGGGUCUGCUGCCUACACUGCUCUACAGGAAGCCAUUGUGGCAGCGAUUGACGCUAUCAUCCGAGCUGUGUCAGGAAGUGCUCAUAUUAGCAGCGUUGUUGGAAAUUUGAGCAUCGGCAGCACUGUCGUCCCUGUUGUUCUGAACAUCGACAAGACCAAAACAAGCAACUACGAAGGUCUCCUGGCAGCGUCGUUGGAGAAAUUGGCCGAAGUUGGUUCGAUCAGUAUCAACGGCACCACCGCUCCUAUCAGCAAAAUCCAAUAUGGCAACAAAGAAAUCACUGCCGCGCAAAGCGUGUGUGACGUGUACGCCUUCAUAACAAACCUUGCAAGUAAUGAACACUGUGUCCUCAACAAUGGCGUUCCUGGCACCACGAUCGUUCCUGGACAUUCCGAUCAGGGGACCAACACGAUUGUCACACUGGACGCCAACAGAGACACCAUCCUUGCCAACACGUCAAGCGCCGCCUACUUCAAGCUGCAUCAAGACAUUGGAAAUGCGAUUGACGCUGUCAUCAAAGUCGUGUCCCCUGAUACGCACGUGAGGACAUUCGUUGGGAACCUGAGCAAAGGCAGCGUUAUAGCACCUGUAGCCAUCCGCAUCGACGGCACCAAGACCGACAACACCGACGGCGUAUUGGCAGCGAUGCUGGAGAAACUCAUGGAAGUGGGCAAGAUUACCUUAGAUGGCACAGCAGUCGCAAUUUCCAAACUCGUCUACAACAGCAAAGAGGUAACUAAAAGCCAAACUGUUUGCGAUGUAUACAAGAUGAUCCACCCAUUAGAGAACAACGAGUACUGUGAGCUCAACAAUGGCAUACCUGUUUCAAGGAAACUGCAAGCAGAUUCUGUGAACAUCCCUCUUGCUGUUGGACUGUCCGUGCCUCUGUUCAUCAUUCUCGUCCUCGUCAUCGCUGGAGUCGUCUACCUCUGCUGCCUGAAGAAUAGGAGAAGUUCGCUUAAGCCACCGUCGGAAGAGCGUGAUGAUGAUGCAUUCCGGAGUGCCUUCGUGGGCAACCUACCAACCAAGGGCAACCUUGGUGCUGCUCGCUACAUGAUGUAUUCCCCACACACUCUCUCAGAGACAGCGUCUCAGGUCAGCGAUGGCUCGAUGAAAAACGGCCGUCACACAAGGAACGGCGGACAACGUGACUACUACGACUCACCGUGGGCGAACGAGCGUUACCAAGGUCUCACAGAAGCAUCGAAAUAUCCUGGAACACGAGGGGAACCAACAUCUAAUUUCUCGUGGGAAAAUCUGUUUUCUACUCUUGACCCUCACAGAAACAGACAGUUCGAAGUACCGAGACCACAAAUCAAUUCAUCACCGAACAAGGCGUUCAAGGAUUCCUUGGCAUAAAGAAAGUGUAUGGAUUCAUAUAUUUAUCAAGAAGACAGUGUGUGCUUUUGACUAUAUUAGUGAAGGGCAAGCCUGCAAUAUUGUGUACUGAUAACUUACCCAGGGACCUUUCCAUGGAUAUUUCCAAAGGAUAGCAUUCCUGUGUUGUGUUCUUAUCUUCUGGAAUUUCUGGAUUCAAACAUGGAUACAUUUUGAGACAGUUCCCACUGUGGAGAAACCUUUCAAACGUGGAUAAUGGAUACUAUAAAUGUCACUUAUGGGAUUGUACAUUUAGUCUGAAAUGCAUGUAUUCUCUACUAUGAAGGUGGUAAGAACUAUUUUCGUUUAUCUCUAUAUAUUGGGACAUCUUUCUAUUACAACAUAUUGUAUAGGGCAUUUGAUGUCUCUCCGAGCCACCCUUGUGUGAAUCAUUAGGAUUUUUCCUCUUUUGUUAAUUUCAGUACAUGUCAAUGAAAUACAGCUGCAUAGCAAUUAGUUCAAAGGUCGUCAUUCACUGAACAUGAUUUAUGUCAAACCUAAAAUGACAUAAAUCUUGUUACUUGACUUAUAAUUGAAAGAUUACCUCAAAAUAGAAAAAGUGUGGCCUUGGUACCGAUUUUUAGCGUUGAAGACGCGCUAUUUAUUUUGUCUGAAAAGAUAAUAAAAUAUUGCAUUGUUUGGUAUGAAAAUAGACAAAUAUUUUUAGCGUUUAAGACGCGAUGUUUAUAUUAUUCUUUGAAGAUACAUGUCAUUACGCGCCAUUGGGAAUAAAUGUAAACACAGGUGUUUGAGCGUUAAGGACGCAUUAUCUACAAUAUUCUAUAAAGGCACAUGGGAUAAUACACUAUUUGCUAUGAAUAUAAUCUGUGGUUUUACAAUCAUGUUAUUUUAGCGUUUCUGGACGUGGAAACAUUAAGUUCACUGCCGGUACUGUCAUCUUGCUACUUGGUUGGGACAACUGUGUAAUCCAAGUUUGCAGCUGACAUUUUCUUUUUUCGAAUUCAAUGUUGGGAAGAUAAAUAACAAUGGUUUUGUAUAUGGUCCAUUAAAACCUGGAAAUGUAUUCAUAUUUUGUUCAUAAUGUAAUGUAAUUUGUUUUCAUUCCAACAGCACCCAUAUGGUAUAGAAUACCCUUUCUCAUACCCUACCUCAUUGUGCUAUAUAACUGUUCAAGAAACGUGUUAAGAAUGUUCCUGAAAGAACCCAACAGAACAUUUUCCAAAAACAUAUCUUAGUUGUUGUUUGUUUGUUAAAAUGUAUGACUCUGUUACAACAUAAGAAGGUGUAGUGAGGUUUUGUUUGUCUUCGUGAUGAUCGUAUCUCAUUGAAACCUUAAAAGCAAAGCAUUGUAUGUAUGAAACUGUUAUUCAUUUUUGACCAAUAAAAGUACAAUAAAAAUUAUGUGUACGGUCAUUUUUCUUAUAGUGGAGAUGAUUUCUAAAGAACAGCUUAGAUUUGUAUGUCAGUUAGGAUAUUUAACCCAUAAAUGUUUGUACUUUAUACCUUUUCUUAUGUGCACCUUUUUACCAACCACUAUUGGGCUACUAACACCCUUCGAAACGAAUAUUUACAUGUGUUUCUCAGAGGAUUUCGUGAUAAAUAUAUUUCGUACGUUACAUUUUCGAUGCAAGCCCAAGGACUUUUGAUCAAGUUAGAGAAGUACAACAGGUUUUCAUAGAGUGUAUUACAAAUUAAACUACAUGGUUCCAAUAUUUCGAAAUAUAGCAAACCAGUAUUUGUCGCUGAGCAAAAAGUGACUAAGUAUGUCAUUAUGUACAAAUAUCAAUAGUCCUUUUAUGAAUUAAUGAGGUGAUGGAUAUCUGAUUCUCAUCGUCUACAAGAUAAGGGGAUGGGACCUUUAUAAAAUAUUAAAAGCAGGACUAAAACUAACUGAUUGCUAUUGGACAAUAUACCAUUACAAUACAUAGCUAGCUUAACUUUACAAUAGUAAUUCAGUCAUGGACAUGAUCACUGGUGUGGUUAUGAUGCAUGGUUGUAGAGGUUUUGGUAUCAGAAGGUACUCUGAGUGGGAUUUCCAUUAAUUCAACAGCAGUCUUAGAGGAAUAGAAGCUUAAAUAACUGUUGCUUCACGUUGGGGACCGAUCAUUCGAUAUUCAGGGGACAUGGAGGUUCACUUGGCGUUUUCUUCAAUUGGUUUAAGAAACAUCAAUGUCAGGGAUUAAUUUAUCAAAACAGGGUGUAAAACACAAAAUAGUGGUAAAAAUGGAUCACUGUUAAUCCUUGAUGACACCGGGUGUCCCGCCCUGCUCUACCACUAGCAUCUACCACUCCCACAUUUGGUAUUAAUGUCUUUGUGUUUGUUUCACUGUUGCCCAAACAAAUAACGAUAUCGUUUCACACUGGGAGGAGAUAUUGUUUUACUUACAUCUUCUAAAAACCUUAUCCCCGACAUCCCCAAAAUAUCAAAUGAUCGUCCCUUUUUUCGUCUUACUAUAAUACAUAAAAACAGCAAAACCAAUAAAAAGCGUGUGUCUUCAUUUUCAAACUGAACGACCAUCUACAAAAUUAUAUUUCCAAAUUGUUCUAGCUUUUGAUUGAGACGUUUCGACCCUGUUCGCAUUUUGGUUGGAUUCGCUGUGGAAUAAUAUCACUUUUUAACAUCUUAUAUUUUAAAUUUGAAUUUUUUAUUUUUAAACUAUGUCCGAAAUAAAAUCUGUUACACACGAA